ACGUGCGAGGCCGUAAAAUGCUGUUAGGGCCACUGUUAGAAAUAGAGGUCUAUGGGUUUGUUUGUAUCGAUCUUAGUCCGAAUAUAUGCAAGGUGCUGUUGAGUCAUUGCGAGUAUUUGCCCAGUCGUGAUAGUUCCGCGUGUGGUGGUGUUUUAGUGCUGAAAG